AUGGGCGAAAGGACGGAUGACAGUGAUGUAGUAGUCACAAUAGGAGUUUGUGCAAUGGCAAAGAAAGCGAUGUCAAAACCAAUGAAGGAAAUUUUGAGAAGAAUGGACAAGUUUCAGCACAUUAAGAUAAUAAUAUUUGACGAGAAAAUGAUAUUAGAUUCACCAAUAGAGUCAUGGCCCAUCUGUGAUGCACUGGUCAGUUUUUAUUCUGAAGGAUUUCCUCUCAAAAAAGCUAUUGCUUAUUCGAAGCUGCGGAAGCCUUACCUUGUCAAUGAUCUUGAGUCCCAAUACAUUUUAAUGGAUAGAAGAAGGGUUUAUGAGUGCUUGACGAGAGAAGGUGUUCCAGUUCCGAGAUACGCAUUUGUUGAUAGAACAUCAGAAAACCCAGUGAAAGUUGUUGAGCUUGACGAUUCAAUUGAGAUUAAUGGUGAGGUUUUUCACAAACCAUUCGUAGAAAAACCUUUGCAUGCUGAAGAUCAUAAUAUCUACAUCUACUUCCCUAGCAGCGCUGGAGGAGGCAGUCAGCGUCUCUUUCGAAAAGUUGGAAAUCGCAGCAGCAAGUACUUUCCACACAGUAAUAUUCGAACAAAUGGAUCUUAUAUGUAUGAGGAAUUUAUGCCAACGGAUGGUACAGAUGUAAAGGUUUACACGGUCGCAGAUGAUUAUGCUCAUGCAGAGGCUCGAAAAUCUCCUGCCUUAGAUGGGAAGGUAGAACGAGAUCACGAAGGUAAAGAAGUUCGCUAUCCUGUCAUACUAACACCUAGAGAGAAAAUCAUUGCCAAGAAAGUAGCAAAAGCUGUUCGGCAGCAAAUCUGUGGAUUCGAUCUUCUUCGGGCUAAUGGAAUGUCUUAUGUUUGUGACGUAAAUGGAUUUUCUUUUGUAAAGUCUUCCAAAAAGUACUAUGAUGACUGUAGUCACAUUCUUGGUGUGUUAAUUACUCGAAAAAUAGCACCACGAUUGUGUUUGCCGACCAACUUGCCUCCAGGUACGGAUGUAGAUACUCCGCUGGUACCAACAACUUGUGGAGCAAUUAUGGAACUUCGUUGUGUAAUCGCUGUCAUUCGUCAUGGUGACAGGACGCCAAAACAGAAAAUGAAAAUGGAAGUUUGCCAUCAGAAAUUUUUCUCAUUUUUCACUAAGUACGCAGGUGGUUGGGCUCGUGAAUUAAAAAUCAAACGUCCUACCCAGUUGCAAGAAAUUUUAGAUAUUGUGCGAUCCAUUUUGGAAGAAAUUGAUUCUGGCCAGUGUACUGAUAAUUGUCUUCUUCGAAUAAAGCCAAAGUUUGAGCAACUAAAAUAUGUCUUAGAAAUGUAUGGGUCAUUUAGUGGAAUUAACCGUAAAAUUCAGUUAAAAUAUCAACCACAUGGAAUUGGUAAAGAAUCAAAGAUUGGUUAUUCAAGUAGUAUUCCAAUAUCUUGUGACUGUACUGACGAAUGUGACAACACCCAACCUUGCCUAUUAGUUGUCGUGAAAUGGGGUGGAGAAUUAACAGCCGCAGGCAAGCAACAAGCAGAAACUCUAGGAAAAGCUUUUCGUUGCAUUUACCCAGGUGGAGAUGGCCACUAUGGUAAAGAUCCUGGUCUUGGAUUAUUACGUUUGCACAGUACUUAUCGUCAUGAUUUGAAGAUAUAUGCUUCUGACGAGGGUCGGGUCCAAAUGACAGCUGCAGCUUUUGCUAAAGGUUUCUUGGCACUAGAAGGAGAAUUACCACCAAUCCUUGUUCAGAUGGUCAAGUCAGCUAAUACGAACGGUCUUUUAGAUAAUGAUAACGAUUGUCGUCACUAUCAACAGAUGGUUAAACGUCGAAUCAAUGAAGUUAUGUCAAAAAACAGUGAUUUCACCGCUGAAGAUAUUGCUACUCUUGUUCCUACCGGCGCACGUUCUAUAAUUAAUGCUAUGCAGUAUGUUAAAAGCCCGUAUAGAGCAUGUGGUCGCCUGUUUGAACAUGUUCGUCUGUUAUCUAACCGUCUUGCUUGGCUCUCACGAAGUUCCAAAGAACGCAGUCGAAUACACUUGUAUCAAGGUGAAAGUUGGGACCUACUGCUCAGACGUUGGGGAAAGCUAUUAAAAGAUUUUCGAUCUCCUGAAGGAGAAUAUGAUCUUUCUAAAAUUUCAGAUAUAUAUGACAACAUAAAAUAUGACUUGCAACAUAAUUCUGGCAUUUUACUAGAAUCCGAGGUGCAAGAUUUCUUCAUGUGUGCAAAGUCGCUAGCUGACAUUAUUGUCCCACAGGAAUAUGGUAUAACAAAAGAAGAAAAACUAGUAAUAGGUCAACGUAUUUGUACUCCACUUAUGCGAAAAAUUUUAUCAGAUGCUCGUUAUACAGAUGUAGAUGAGUGUACACGGCUGCAUGCUGGUUAUUCAAAAGGAGUUGCUUCACCUGAACGAUUUGUUCGUAGUCGCUUGUAUUUCACUAGUGAAAGUCAUAUUCAUUCAUUACUUACUUGCCUAAGAUAUGGUGAAUUAGCAGACAUUCUAACAGAUGAACAAUGGAGACGUGCUAUGGAGUAUGUGUCGUCUAUUUCUGAAAUUAAUUAUCUUGCUCAAAUUGUAAUUAUGAUUUAUGAAGAUCCUACUGUGGAACCGAAAACUGAAAAACGAUUCCAUGUUGAAUUACACUUUAGUCCUGGUGCUUUUGCAUUAUGUCAUGAUCUCCCUGAAGGGAGUGGUUUUCGAUCGGGAAAAUUGGUGCGUCUGAAUUCUCAAAUGAGUGUAAUGAGUAGCGGUACAUCUGUGGAUAAAGGAAGUUCCGAUUCAAUGCCGCAAUCAGCAAUCCCUUCUGUUACACCUGUUGUUCCUGCUAGUGAACAAGACAGGAAAGAUCUGUUUGAUAAAUAUAGUGGUAGACAAACAGAUCGAAGUAGUGAAUAUCACCAGAAUCUUGGGUCAUUCGACUCGAGUGAAUGUUCAUUCUCGGGAUCUUCCGCUAACGACAAAGCUUCAGAUUUGUUUCGUUGGAGUUUUGAUAGUGAUAGGAAUACGUAUGAAUUAUGUAAGAAUCAAACAGAGACUUUUAAUGAUUCAUCUCUUACCGAGCAAUGUUCGGUUCGCAGGUCACAUAGUGUUCGUUGUAACCUCGCUUCAAAUGUUUCUCGAGAAAACACUGUUAAUCACGAAGAAACUUUGAUUGUCAACCACAGAUCGCAAUCUCAAGGUCGUCCUUCUGUUUUGCCAUUAUCACCUGUACCAUCAACCUCUACGCUAGAAUUAAUUGGGACUCCUACAGCGUCAAAUACAGAAGUUGGUAUUGGACGAUUCACUGUCACGCGGUUCACUGAUAAUAAAAGUAGUUUGGCUUCAACUUUUCCAAAUGAAUUGAAAACUGAUAAUUUAUUGUCGACAUUACCGUAUACAAAUAAACUAAAAACAUAUCACCUCAAACAUUUUUCACGUUCGAAUUUCUGCCAAAAUUCUGCCCGUAAUAGGUCUAGUUCAUGUCAUCCUGAUGUUUACAGAAGGACAAAUUUAGCUACAACCCUAUCAUCAAAACCUAGAUAUUCAUGUAUUUCAAAAUUACUUCAAACGACAGGUAAGCUUACUGAUUUUGGCGAGUUUAAGAAAUAUGAUUAUAAUGAAAAACUGUCUUUUGAAUGUUCCUGUUCAAAUACUAAUUCGUCACGUUUCGCUCCUGUAAUUCAAUGGCUUUCAAAGCAGUCAGAACACUUAGUGAAAUCAGAUGAAAAAUGUGACAAUGGGGAUCACAAAUCAAAUCCAAUCACCAUAGAAGACAAGAGAGUUCGAGAAACACCGAAAUGGCUAACUUUGGGGGCUCGUAAAUUAUACGAUUCGGCUGGUUCAAAUAGUUCUACUAGAAUAAAUCAACAUAAUAGCACAGGCUCUGUUCAUUCAUCAAAAAAUCAAGAUUUAACUUCCACAUCUACUCGAGCUCGUUUAACUCCACUUCCUUCUGAUGAACCGGUGUGUCCCAACGAAUCGACUCAAUUUGCAAUGGAUUUGCCAUUUAGUCAAAUUAAUUCUCAACCAGUCAACAAUUUUUUGUCAUCAUCUGGGGCUGACAGUGGUGUAGAUGAUGAUCCUGUUAUCAACCAAACUUUGAAUGCUAUCACUUACCCUAGUCGUCAAAGUCCAUAUCAUUUAGAUAUUGGACGUCUUAUAAGAGCUGUUGCCACGGGUGUGCCGUUUGCACCGCCAAUAUGUCGAAGUCUUAUAAGUACAGCGGUUAUACGUGGUUCACGUGAUGAUAGCCAAGCAUCUAGUAGUGUUCCUGAUUUUAAGAGAUUAGCAGAAGAUAUAAGCGUGGCACCACGAACAUUAACACCUGGAAGCUCUCAAGAAUUUUUGGUUCCCAGUGCGCCAUGUGUCCCAGAAGUGUACCCCCUGGAAACACUACAUAACGCUUUAACUUUAAGUCAAUUGGAAGCCUUUCUUGUUCGUUUAACUACUCAUAAGUUUCCGACUCCAUUUACAUCACCGAAACACCCAUCUACUCCUGUAAAUUAUUAUCACCAUCACCAUCAACCUCAGUUAAGUCAAACUACUCUUGAGUUCUUCUCUCAGUAUCAUGACUUAUGUACUAAUCUAUCUUCUUCACUUCCGAAUUCUACUGGAGAUGAUACUGCAACACAGGACUGUUCCAAUAUUGUUGAUGAAGCCUCUACUCAACUACAGCAACCUGUGUCAUCAAAUGUUACGUCAAUAAUCCCAUCCGCUUCACCGUUUCAAAAAAUUACAUCCGGAAAUACAAAUUACCAACAGUAA